AUGGCUGACGGAAAACCAGUCGGUGAUGUCCAGAAAGGUCCAUCUCGCCAUUGGACCAGCCCCUCGCCCGUUGACGCAAACCCAAGACUCCGGACAGGCUUCUAUACGUUUGCUUGGCACUAUGAUCCCUGCUGCCACGCAGAAAAUCCAGUAUGGCUUGCAUGGAUGGGGAACCGCACCAAAGUCCCAUCUAUGACAGAAAGAGUGUCCCAGUGCCAGACAAAGCCGACAACAGUAGCAACAGCCACUCCAGGGCCGCCUUCAAACAGGAUCGAGCUGCACAUCAUGUCUACCGCUCCCACAGUGUACCUGCCCAUUCUUGACAUGGUCAAGGGCCACCUUGCUGUCAACUCGGUUUUCGUCUUCCUUGUCAUUGUCGUCGUCUCACUCAGAGUCCUAGGCCGUUGCAUAGGACCCGGCCUCGGUUGGGACGAUGCGCUUGUCGUUGCAGCGAUGCCGCUAGGCGUUGCCAUGCAUAUUUGCAGUGGCUUUUUUGCCCCUAUUGGCAACGGUUACAAUCUUGCCGAAUACCCUCACCUUGUUGCCAAUGUUCCCUUUAUCCUUCAGCUCACCUUCGGCAUGCAACUUGUCUACGUCACGCUUCUCGCCCUCACCAAGGCCAGCAUGCUCUGCUUCUUCCUUCGCGUCUUCUCGACGCCCUGGAUGAAGCGAGCCUCCAUAAUCACACUGGCAGUCAUUGGAGUCUGGUGGAUUUCCUAUGUCUGCGCCUGCAUUUUCAUCUGCGACCCCGUCAGUGCACAGUGGACUGGCGUUGGCAAGUGUGGCCAGUACAUCUCCAUGAUCCAGUCUCUGAUUGCCACCAACGCCAUCGGUGACGUGGUCAUCAUGAUGAUGCCGAUGAAACAGAUCUGGAGUCUCAAGAUGCGCAAGACGGACAAGGUCGGUGUUUCGGCCUCGUUCCUUCUGGGCCUGGCCUGCGUGGUCAUCGCCAUCUUCCGGUUGAUCUACAUCAGCACCGUCGACCUCAACAGCAACGUAACGGGGACCAUGUCGACGACGAUUCUGCUCUUCACCCUCGAGCCAAACCUGGCCAUCCUGUGCAUCAGCAUCCCCAUGCUGAGGCCCUUCUACGUCCUAUACAAGAAACGGAUGGGCAGCAGCCGGCUCACCGAGGACAAGUCCGGGUACAACAACGGACCGAGCGGAAAUGGCUACGCCAAGAACAUGUCGAACCACUCGUCCAGCGGCAUGCCCAGCCGUUCUGCCCAAGGCACCGGAGCCCCUACCAGCAACUGGGAGCUGGACGACUACAAGACGAACAAGGUGACCGUCACGACGACCGGGGAUGGGGCCAGCAUCGACAAGCCAUCUGUGAGGCCAAGCGGGCCCUUGGGCGACAUCCGAGUCGACACUGAGUGGCAGGUCAGCCGCAUAUAA